AUGGAAGUUUAUGCAUCUUAUAUUAUGGGUUCUAUUUAUUUAUUGAUUGUGCUUUUUGGUGUUUUGGGAAAUUCUUGGGUCGUUUGUUCAGUGGUCAGGAGCAGAAAACCAAAGUGAGAUUUAAUUUUAAAAGGGGAAGGGUCCCUUUAAAGGGGGAUGGGCCCAAGAAAAAUCAAUAAUUUUCCAGAAAUUUAAUGAAUCGAAGUUCGCCCUCCGACAGACUUCGCGCAUAUAUUUCUGUAUUGGCUGUUAUCGAUUUAACAGUCCUUAUGGCUUUGUUAGUAAGAGCAAUGUAUUCAUAUUUACCGAAUUUAGGCCUGGGUAAGUUUUGAGAUAGGUCCCGUAGCGAAACCUAACCUUUUUUGCAGAUCCUAACAGUUGUCAGGCGAUGUUUGUGCUGGAGAAUAGUGUGAAAAUCACAUCACUCACUGUAAUCUCUUGUAUUUCCAUAGAGCGAUAUAUAACAAUACGAAAACCGUUCUGCAGUCAAAUUCGUCGACAAUUCGUAAAUUUGACACCGCUCCUCGCCGCCCUAUUUGUUCUAUUGGUUGUUGCGGCGAUAAUUGUGCAAAUGACAUCGAUUACAGUGUCGGGUGAUGGUUCGAAUUGCGUGCGGAUUAUGAAUAGUCAGAAGAUUGCGCAUAGGAUUGCGAAUUAUUUGACGGCGGUCGCGUUUUUGUUGGAUUUGACGAUUAUUUCGCUGAAUUAUUCGCAGAUUGUGAGACAUGUUAGGAGGAAAUUCACGAAACGGAGGGCUAGAGGUGAGCAAGGGGAGCUAGUAUAGUUAAUAAAUGACAUCUUCAUGUUUUUUGAGCGUAUUCAUAUGAUAGAAUGGUCUAAGACGAACAGAAUGAUAUAAAUUUUGAUGAGUUUACGUUAUCCAUAAGUGAUUUAGCGACGUUUAGUCGAUAUUUAGUCGAUAAGUGGCUAAAUCACUUAUGGAUAACGUAGAGAAAUUUUAAAAAAAAUUAAAUUAAAAAAAUAAAUAAAAAUGCGACGCCCUUUUUUCGGCUGAUGGGCCAGGAUAGGUAGCCGGGUUAGGCACGCGAACCUGUCCUGGCUUAUGUCUUACCACCCAAAGCCAGCAUGAGGCCAGGUUCCCCACCGCUGACGAAACCAAACCUAGCCGUGUCCUUCCACGGUCUAUAGACUAUAGAAAUUCCUGAGCAAAAACGGAAAAUCAACAUUUUCAACAGAAAGACGAGGAACCACUUCUCCAAAAACCCAAUCCCCCUUUUCAAAACCACUCUGAAAUCCCUGUCCUUUUCAGUCCAAGCCAACUCACGCGUCCGCGAAUCCCUCGUCAACGAACCGCGUUACAUGCGCGAAAUGACCGCGGCAAUCAUCCGCGUCGGCGUAUUCCACGUAUUCUGCUGGCUCCCAAUGGCAAUUAUGCAAUUCCUACCCGAUAAGACCAUUCAAAUGGAGCUUAUCCCAAGUAUUCGACAAUUUGGGGCCUAUACCCAGUAUGAUAUAUCACACUUCCUAAUGUGUUUCUCAAAUGUGUUCACUUAUUUGAAUGCGGCUGGUGAUUGGGUAUUUUAUGCGGUUAUGAAUCGAGAUUUGAGGAAUUUGAUAAGGUGAGUGCUUUUGCUCGAGCAAAUUCGGUCACAAAAAGUAUAAUCCUUUGAAACUUUUCAACAACAAAAUAAUCUCAUUAUCAUUUUUUGUUGUUUAUUAUUUAUCCUCCCUCUAAUCCUAUAAUUUAUCCAUCCAAAUCUCAUUAAAGAUUUGCCACCGAACGUCGAAAACGAUCAACAAUGUCACAUGCCGCGUCACCAUCAACUAAUCGCAGUUUAAAACAACAGGUACCCCCCCCCCCCCCCAGGGGACCUAUUCAAAUUCCAAAUUUCCAGGUGCCCCCUGCGAUGCGAGUCCUCAACUCAAUUUCCUAUCGAAGUAGCGUUGGUGGAAGCAUGGAUGAUCCGGUUUGCGCCAGUUUUUUGACUAGCAAUUCGCCUAAGGAAUCCACGGUAUCCCAGGAACCCAAUAGUCCACGACCGAAAACUAGUAUUUUGACGAGUUCGCGGAAACCAAGUGAAGGGGAGAUGGUUUAA